UAGGCGGAAAAUAUUCUUCGCCUCAAACGUCGCGAAACGCACUGAUUUUAGAUUACAUAAUUUCGUAGUUCCGGUUGUCGCCACCAGAGUGUUUCCCUGCUUGGCCAUGUGUUGGUGUUUGUUUACAUCUUUCCAGCCGCUUUAACAAGAUUUCUGAUUCUGAAACUGAAAAAAUGGUGAUUGCGCUAGGAUUAGAAGGCAGUGCCAAUAAAAUCGGCGUCGGCGUGAUGAAGGACGGCGUCGUCCUCGCCAAUCCCAGAAGAACGUACAUUACCCCACCUGGAGAAGGUUUCCUUCCUAGAGAGACCGCCAAACACCACAGAGAAAAUAUCAUUCCGCUCAUUAAAUUAGCGCUAAAGGAGGCUGACAUAAAACCUGAGGAAAUCGACGUGAUUUGCUACACAAAAGGCCCAGGAAUGGGCGCCCCACUAGUCGGUGUCGCGGUCGUGUCCCGGACGUUGGCCCAGCUGUGGAAUAAACCCAUCAUAGGUGUCAACCACUGCAUUGGUCACAUUGAAAUGGGCCGGCUAAUCACAAAAAGCAACAAUCCAACCGUGCUCUACGUCAGUGGCGGAAAUACUCAGGUUAUAGCGUAUUCUGAGAGGAGGUACAGAAUUUUCGGCGAAACCAUCGACAUCGCCGUCGGAAACUGCUUGGACAGGUUUGCCAGGGUGCUUAAACUGUCCAACGACCCUAGUCCUGGCUAUAACAUCGAGCAAGCGGCCAAAAAGGGAAAGCGGUUUUACCAGCUGCCGUACGUGGUCAAGGGCAUGGACGUCUCUUUUUCCGGCCUCCUCUCGCACAUCGAGAAGCAAGCGCCGAAGCUGAUCGAGGCUGGAGAAUAUACUGCAGAGGAUUUGUGUUAUUCGCUGCAGGAAACUGUUUUUGCCAUGCUAGUCGAAACAACAGAGCGAGCGAUGGCCCAUUGCGAAUCUUCGGAAGCGUUGAUCGUGGGCGGCGUCGGGUGCAACGAACGUCUGCAGGCGAUGAUGAAGACGAUGUGCGAGGAAAGAGGCGCGACCAUGUUCGCCACGGACGAACGGUUCUGCAUCGACAACGGGGCCAUGAUCGCCCAGGCCGGCUACGAGAUGUUCAGGGCCAAUGUCACCACCAGGUGGGAAGACACGUUCAUUACUCAAAGGUAUCGGACAGACGAGGUUGAAGUUGUUUGGAGAGACUAAAAAUAAUAAAUGGCUUUUGUAAACAA